GCGCGAGUUCAUACAACUGUGUCCUCGUGGCGCGAUCCUCGAGCCUCGAGCCUCUUUCCCCCGCGGUGGCGGCGGCGGCGGCGGCGGCGGCGGCAGCGGCAGCAGGGAGCGGAGGCGAGCGGGCAGCGGGCUCCAUGGAGAGCGGAGGGCGCCGGGCCACAGGCGGCGCUUCCUCCCCGGCACCCGGACUCCAGUGACCGGAGCACGCGCCCUGCCCCGCGUCCGAGCGGCCCCCGGCUCCGGGACUGACCGACCUCGCCACCUCGCCUCGCGCCCGGACCCGCCCGCGCCCGCGCCCCCACUCCCCGGCGGGGUGGCGGCGGCCGGGCCCCCGCGGCGGCGGCCGGAGCAGCAGCGGCCGCGAGAGCCCGCCUCUAUGAUGAAGUUCAAGCCCAACCAGACGCGGACCUAUGACCGCGAGGGCUUCAAGAAGCGGGCGGCGUGCCUGUGCUUCCGGAGCGAGCAGGAGGACGAGGUGCUGUUGGUGAGUAGCAGUCGGUACCCAGACCAGUGGAUUGUCCCAGGAGGAGGAAUGGAGCCAGAGGAAGAGCCUGGCGGCGCUGCUGUGAGGGAGGUUUAUGAAGAGGCUGGAGUCAAGGGAAAAUUAGGCAGACUCCUGGGCAUAUUUGAGCAGAAUCAAGACCGAAAGCAUAGAACUUAUGUUUAUGUUCUUACUGUCACCGAAAUAUUAGAAGAUUGGGAAGAUUCUGUUAAUAUAGGAAGGAAGAGAGAGUGGUUCAAAGUAGAAGAUGCCAUCAAAGUUCUCCAGUGUCACAAGCCUGUACAUGCAGAAUAUCUGGAAAAACUAAAGCUGGGCUGUUCUCCAGCCAAUGGAAAUUCCACAGUCCCUUCCCUUCCAGAUACCACCACCUUGUUUGUAACUGCUGCACAGACCUCUGGGUUGCCAUCUAGUGUAAGAUAGAGAGAAUUGGGAGGACCUCUCACCAUGUGCAAUUUCAUGGGGAGAGAUUUCUCUAUUUUCCUUGGCAAACAUCUGAAUGACGCUUGCAAACUGUCUGAAUUUGCCAUGCAGGGUUUUCAAACAAUUUGCAUGUUCUUCAGAUGCUUUCAAAUCUUUUUUUCUUUUUUAAGUGUAAAAUAUUUUAAUAAGCCAAAGCCAUGUAGAAUUUUUUUUAGAUGCCUUAACUGUGCUCCUCACCCCUUCUGUGUUAUUUUGUCAUUUUUCUCCCACAGCAUUUUUUGGUGUGUUUUUUUUUUUUUGUCCAUUUGAUGCCAGUCUAUAGUUUUUCUUGUAUCAACUUGUGGGCAGAUUUCCCCCCCCCAACCCCAAAUUGUUUUCUCAUUCACAGCAUGUGUUGUGGGAAUUUACAAAAAUCUUGAUAUUAAGUCUAUUGAUCUGAAAACUUGCUUCAUAGGAUCACAAUUUUAAUUCAUAAAUUCCAGAUUUAGGCUAUUUCUGUAUGGCCCAAUAGCUAUUUUGACAGAGGACUUCUUUGCUAUUUUCAGGAUUUGUCAACAUAUGUCUCAAUUUUCACAACUGGUAUGUCACUAGCUACCCAAGCUGGCCAGUUCCCCUAUAACUUAAGUCCUUUAACACAAAGUUUAACUCUUUAUGAGGUGGUGAUUUUUAAGGAAGUGUAUUGUAUGCAAAAUGCAGGUAGUAACAUCUUACCAUGAAAAACUGUAUUCAUGGGAUUUAAGUGAGCAUGCUCAGUUUCAGUUGCCAAUUCCCUUCAUCCAUAAUCUCGCUUCACACAGAAUACUUGAGAACCAUAAUUCCCUCAAUGAAAAUACAUUUUCAGUUUUUGAAUUUAGCAACACCUCUUCACUAACUUUUUGGUUUACCAGUAACCACAGAAUUGGAGUCUAACCUCAAAUGCCAGCCAGUCACUACAUUAAAAUUGAAUAAAGUGGCCUUCUUCCUGUUCAGCUGUUACAUAGAUUGUUGGGGCACCUUAGAAUGUCUCAUCAUUUAUAAGUUGUCAAUAGGUACUAUUUAUAAGAAACUUUUGGGGCACUGGAACAUACCUGGACUAAGAAUUAUUUUGUCUUAUUCUUAAAACUCACUUAAAAUCAAGAAUUCCAUUUAAACACACCUUGUCUGAAACUCCUGUACUUUGCCCAAUCAAGUCAGAAAUGAGGUGGGAGGAAAAGCAAGAUGUGGCUGGGUGGGGAAUGAGUGAAACGUCAUCUUGUGUGUAGACACUAGACUUGUAAAUAUUGUAACCGGUGAGUAUAAAGUAGAAAAAUAAGUAGUUAUACAUUUGUUCUACAGAUUGUCAACCUUUGAAAAAUAUAAUGCUGCUAAAAAUAUAGUGCUGUUACAUUUAAGGAAAAUUGGUGCCAGUUUUGAAAAUGAGAUCUUAUACCGUAAAUGCAGCUGAACUACUUAGUUCACAAAUUAAUGCUGUCAAAGGAAGGGGUAAAAUUUUUAAAAACUUAACCAAUGACAUUUCACUCUAAAUUAUGUAAUGUGAUCAAACAUGAUUAUCCAGAAUUUUUGUAUUUUUCUUUGUACAGAGUUUAUGUAUUCCAGGCUGUUUUUUUUUUUAAGGAAACAUUUUAAAUCCCACAGAUUGACACUUUCUAUCAAUCUUGGACUAAAAUUUUUCUCAGUAAUCUCCAUACAAUUUCUUUAAAUUAUAUACUUAACAUACAGAGAAACUGGAUUUUUGUAUAUAAGACUGCAUCCACCUGAAAUGCUGUCAGAAGUAUGGGGGUGGUGGGGGGUUAUCUUGUACAUGGUAUUAGAGGUAAUAAUGCAUGAACUUAUUUUAUAUAAAGUCUUGAACUAUGUAUCUGACAUGUAAAAUAUGUACAGUAUUAAUAUCAGCCAUCUCCUGAAAGUGAGCCUAGAAAAUGUCAUGAUUUUCUUUGAUGGUCAGAAACAUUUGGACUAAGUAGUGCCACCAGGGUCAGGAUUUUCUUCAGUGCCAUUUAGCAAACCAACUGUCUUCAGUCUAUGCAACUAGCAAAAACUCGUGUAAUGCGACAGAAUACUUCAUGGUUGUCACACAUUAAAUUUCACACAAGCAGGUCUUCAUUAUUUUGGAACCCAGUCUAGCAAUUAGAAGAAAGGUCCUAAGCAGAUUUCUUUAAGAGAGAAAGCCUCCAUCUUCAGUCUUUACAGCUCAAUCUAACAAAUAGUGUCUACUAUCUCUUGUGCACUCUUGUGCUUUCUGUGGAGUAGUUGGAUAAAAUUGGGCAGCUAACUUUUGUCCCAUGUGCCUCCUAAAAUAAAGAUAACUAGUUUGUAAAUUGACUUGCAGAUGCAACACAGCACUAUCCUGCAUGUUCGGUGGUUUUGUUUUGUUUGUGAACAAGUAAAAAUUUCCAACCAGGCAAGUGCCAUUCAAUUUUCUGUCGAUCACACAAUUGUAUAAAGCAGCAAAACUGAAGGGAGGGAUGAUUGUUGUAUACACUUAAAUUGCUUCGCAUGGUCUUGUUUGACAUAAUUGGUGUAAGAAUCUUGACAUUUUUUUAUAUUUGAAACAUCAAAUAAAAAUGGAAACAAAUUA